GGUUGCUCUUGUGGAAAAUAUUCCUGAAGGGAUCAACUAUUCAGACAGUGCACCAUCCCAUUUGUCUCUUUUCCAAGGCUGGAUGAAUUUGCUUAAUAUGGCUGAAAAGUCUGUUGACAUAGUAUCUUCCCAGUGGGACCUCAAUCACAGUCAUCCAUCAGCAUGCCAGGGUCAGCGUCUUUUUGAAAAAUUGCUUGAACUGGCAUCCCGAAAUAUUGAGAUAAAACUAGUGAGUGAUAUACUGCCCGUGGAAUCAAAGGUAUUAAACGACUUGAAAACAAAGGGUGCCGAAGUGUUGUAUAUGAACAUGUCAGCAUAUAAUGAAGGGCGGCUUCAGUCAUCUUUCUGGAUUGUUGAUAAGCAGCACGUGUACAUUGGAAGUGCCAGCCUAGACUGGAGAUCACUGGGACAGAUGAAGGAACUUGGCGUCAUCGUAUACAACUGUAGCUGCCUGGUCUUGGAUUUACAAAGGAUAUUUGCCCUGUAUAGCUCAUUAAGAUACAAGAAUAAAAUACCUCCAAGUUGGUCUAAGAGACUGUAUGGAGUGUACGAUACUCAAAAUAAACUGACGCUGCAGCUGAACGAGACAAAAUCAGAAGCUUUUGUGUCGAAUUCACCUAAACUCUUCUGCCCAAAGGACAGAGUCCUGGAUAUUGAAGCUAUAUACAGUGUUAUCGAUGAUGCAAAACAAUUUGUAUACAUAGCUGUCAUGGACUACUUGCCGAUCGUCAUCGACACCAAUGCUAAACGGUACUGGCCAUAUUUAGAUGGGAAGAUACGAGAAGCGUUAGUUUUGCGAAGUAUUAAAGUACGACUUCUCAUAAGUUUCUCAAGAGACACAGAUCCCCUUACUUUUAACUUUGUUUCAUCUCUGAAAGCUAUUUGCACUGAAGUUCCAAGCUGUAGUUUGAAAGUUAAAUUCUUCGACCUUGAGGAAGAAAGUGCAUGCUUUCUUAAAGAACAGAAGAACGCUUCCCUUCCCAAAUUAAAUCGUAACAAGUAUAUGGUGACUGAUGGAGCUGCAUACAUUGGUAAUUUUGAUUGGGUAGGAAAUGCAUUUACGCAGAAUGCUGGAGCUGGCCUUGUUAUCAACCAAGCAGACGCGGGGAACAGCACAAGCAUCAUUAAGCAACUCAAGGCUGUUUUUGAAAGGGACUGGUAUUCACAUUAUGCCAAAAGUUUACAACCAACAAAAAUCCCAAACUGCUUUAAUCACAAACUUAAUAAAGCAACAUCAAAUAAGACUGCCAUGAGCAAUGUGAAUUAGAAAGACUAUUUUACUGUUUAAUAUGGCAAUGAAGAAUUACAAUGGGGUGUAACCCUCUUUCAUAUUUACAGACAAAAGACUUAAA